GGUAUUGAGCCAUAGCAACGAAAAUAUACGGAACCGAGAUGUAGAGUAGAAAUGUGAACAAGCAAGCAUCAAAGACAGUGUAAACAUUCACCCUACAAGUUCAAAGAAUCAAACUAGCCAUUAUGUCGACGAAGGUGGGAAAACUACCCUACGAUGAGCCUCCUAUGUACCUGCAGCGACCGUCUUCAGGGCGAUCUCAAGACGUGACCCACGUCUUGGCGAGGACCUUCCGGGAUAUCUUCACGAGGGACCUGGUGGAACAGGAGACGGUGAAGAAUCUCAACAAGUCGCGCAGCGGAGACGAUUCCUACCAUGAGAAAUAUGUGGAGGAACUGAGGAAGGUCCAAGCAGAGCGUGAGAGGCGGAUGGCCGAGGCAGCCAUGUUGGAACGUCACAUCAUGCAAGCCCGGGCCAAGGCUAUGGCAGAGGAUGAGAAGAUUCUGAACCAAGCGGCAGAGGGUUGCGAUAUCUAUCAUGACCUUGGCCUUCCGCCAGUUAAAUCCAACCUGAAUGGAUGUUUGGACAGUGAUUUGUUACGGAGCCAUGGUCUCAUUGUACCAGAAGAUUUCAGCACCGCCGAGCCUCCCCUCACCCACGCCCCUCAGGCUGGUAUAAUGCCUCACUAUGCCGAAGCCACACAGACAUCAACCAAGCAUACAGAGGGAGGAGAGAAGGGACACGCCCAUGAUGCGACGGAUCAUGGUCAUCGUCCUCCCAAGAAAAGAUCUGGGAAGAAUGAUUCCAAGAACAAGUGGAGAGAGAUGACGUCACCACAGACGAGGGAAAGGAAUCGCAAAGACAUGGCGAUGGUAUUCAACAAGUCCAACUUCCUGCGUAACCCCCGUCAUCGACCUCCGUCGUCCCUAGGUGGGGGUCGGACGCUGGUCAAUCCUAACACCGUCACUCACAAGCUGGGAGGGGCUAAGUCUACUGUGAUUGAUGUGGGGAAAAAAGAGCCUUCAGUCGUUUUUGUACCCUCGCCAUCUACCAUUGUCUUCAGCAACUAUAAAGUGGGUCAAGUCUAUGAGAUGACCCUUGACCUUAAGAACGUGUCCGCAGCAAGUCGUCCACUCCGAGUCCUCCCUCCAAAGACGGAGUACUUUGCUGUAGGUCUUGGUAAAUUCCCCGGUGAGGAGGGCAUCGUUGCUCCAGGAAUGAGCUGUCAAUACAACAUCCGCUUCAUGCCGGAUGCUUUGAUGGACUUCGAAGACGAACUGACGGUCAAUACCCAAUCCAGUCAACCGAUCACGGUCAAGCUCUUGGGUCGCAGGCCACCCCCACUUCUCACAUUAUCACCUGUCGUGGAUUGUGGUCAUUGUCUUGUUGAUGGUACGUCCAACACUGAGUUCUUGGUCAAGAACCUUGGAGGUAGUGGACGCUUCUGUGUUAUGCCAAAGAAGUGCUGGCCGGCCACCAACUUUUCGUCCGUUGCUACGGGAGACCGAGUAAACCUUACACCGUUCCAACUUUAUCCUGCCGUCUUCGAGAUCAUGGAAGGACAUGCCAUACCACUACAGGUAUCAUUUAAGCCUACAGACUCUCAGGUGUAUGAAGAAGAAAUUACAAUCGUCUGUGAUAACUGCACCGUCAAACACUUUACUCUCAAAGGUGAGGGUCAGAGAGCCAGGGUUCAGCUUGAAUCAGCGUCGGGUAGUGAGACCAAUCCUACCCCGGGUGAACUGGUCGACGUCACAGCUAAGAACCAUAUCACCUUCGAAGACAUAAACCCGAUGACCUACGUCACCGAGGAACUCACCAUUAGGAAUCUCACAAAUGUGGAGUUGCCGUUCCACUGGCAGCUUGUGCGUUCCUCGCCAGAAUGUCGGGACCCCUUCAAAGAGGCUAAGAGAGACGGGCAGCAGAUCUCAAGGGUAGCCGAUGAGAGGAAUAUAUUCUGCAUUAACAUGGAGAAAGGAGUUUUACCACCCUCUGGUACUGCCGUCACCAGUGUUGCUUUUGCUCCGCCAAAGGUGGGGCAGUUUGAGAGCGUGCUACAGCUUGUCCUGAAGAACAUCCCUCGCCCCGUGGCCCACAAGGCAAAAUCAUCCCAAUCGCCCCCCUCCUCUUCACCACCGGACAACACCUCCAAGCAACCUCCCGUCUGCUCCACGCCCCGCCCCACCAGCCAUACCACCUCCCAGGCCUUCAUCACACAGAGCAGUGAUGAUGAUAGAGGCAAUGACAGCCGUGGCAAAAGUGGUAGCGGUGGUGGUGAUGGUAGUGAUAGUAGUGGUGGCAGCGGUGGGAUGAAGGAUGGUGGUGUAGGGGAGCAUGCAGAGGAAGGCGAUAGUCUUGGUCUGGAGGUGGAACUCAAGGGCCUGUGCAAGGAGUACGAGGUCUUGGUCCAGCCCUAUGCCAUCUUCCUCCCCGGUCAGGUUCUUCAGUCAACGGCAACUCGCAGAAAGUUUACGAUGUUGAACUACAGCAAGUUUCCAGUCGUUUUCCACUGGAGCUCACUGAAGGACAGUCACAUCAUCGAGGUCCAGACCCCCGAGGGUCAGAUACCGCCCGAAAGCUCGGUAGAACUUGAGAUGACCAUCAUAGGGGGUCAUCCUGGACACAUUGACCAUACCCUACGCUGCCAGAUUGACCACCAGGAAUCGACUGUGCCGCUCAGGGUGGUGGCUGAUGUCAAGGGUCCUGAGGUCUCGAUCGAGACGCCCUCGCUUGACUUUGGAUUGGUACGCCUCGGGCAGACGGUAAAGAAGCAGUUCUAUCUGACCAAUGAGAGUCAGUUCCCUGCUAAGUGGAAUCUGAAAGAGAGUGCAGAAUUCCUGCUCAAGGAUCAACAGUCUGGUCAGGAUAUUUCCGAGUUCACCAUCACACCCAGCAGUGGAGAGCUAGGCCCUCUCUUGUCUGUCCUGGUAGAGGUGGUCCUUACUCCGGCCCGCCAUCGUCAGAUAGACUCUGUCAUUGAGCUGACUGUAGAGGGCGGCAAAACUAGUUAUGUUGGUGUGUAUGGUGAGGUCCAGAGCCCUCAGGUCUGUGUCCUGGAGAGUACCCUCGAGCUACCUGAGAUCUAUCAAGGUAUUCCUGUCACCCACACCAUACAGCUCUUCAACCAGACCAUGCUACCGGCAUCGUACCAAUGGCAACAGCCCAAAGGGAAGCAGUCAUCAACUUGUUCAGUGACCUUUGACCCAGAGCAAGGCAUUCUGGGACCACACGAACAGCUUCCCGUGUCAGUGACAAUUGUAGCCCAAGAACAGGGGCCAUUGUCUGAUGUAUGGAUACCUUGUUUGGUCAGCGGAAUGGUCAAGCCUAUAUUCCUAGCUUUAUCGGGGGAUGUCCAAGGGCUGAGAGUGACCUACAGGACACCUGACAUCAGACCAUCUACUGUGAUGGACACUGAAGACAGGCUUCCGGAACCUUGCAAUGACGAUGCUCCGCUUGCCUUGGACUUUGGCGACGAUGUAGAACUGGCGACCACGCCCAAGAGAUUAGUCUACCUGACCAACCACACAGCCAUCCCAGCUCCGUUCUCACUCACCGUCAAUAAAUAUACUGCAGGGAAACCCCCUACUCCGCCUCAGACGGAUAGACCCACUGCUGACAGUCCUAGAAGGCAUGGUGCAUUGCUGAGCAGGACGGCCAACCUGGCCGACCCCAGGAGCAAGUCCCUGGCCCAGAGCCAAUCAGAUUGUAUGAAGGCUAUACUGAGAGAGGACCAAGGAACAGCAUUCCUGGUCCAGCCCUGCUCAGGGGUCCUGGAACCAUUCGCCACCCUGGAGGUGGCCGUGACGGCUUAUAGUGAUAUGUGGGGCAAGUACACCGACCAGCUUACAUGCAGGGUAUCCAGCUUAGAGCCAGUCUGUAUUCCGAUCAGUAUGGGAGUGACAGGUUGCCCCCUCAAGUUCCAGAUGGCAACCAUCAAGGGUCAGAUACCCUUCGUCAGGUUCGGAACCCACGUCUGUGGCGUGCCACCCAUCAACAGGCCACUCAAGAUCAUGAACAACAGUCCUUAUGGAAUGCGUAUUGACUGGAGGCUCUUCAACUUGAUGGAAGAUGACCGCAAGCUGAUUGACCUCCAGGUCAUCUACGGUGACCCCUUCCCCAUCCUUGACCCCAGCGGUGCCGAGGUCGUCCCUGAGGAUGACGAGGUCAUCGACAGCAUCCGGGAGAGCGAUGAGAGAUGUGACGGCGACCCUGAAACCGGGGAAGAGGCUGAUUGCGGUCGUGAUGGGCUGCUGUCCAAGAUAGCCGAUGAUCUAGAGGCACGUGAGAAGGAUAAGAGCAAGGUUCUUAGUGUCUUGAUGAGAGAGCAUGAAGGCGUCCCUGCUGACGGCCCGUUCAGCAUUGACAAGAAACAAAUGGUGAUUCCCGGCCGCGGGACGGCAAACAUCGUGGCCAGCUUCUCUCCAGACGUCUGUCAUCUUCCGAGCCAGGAGUCCUCUGACUGUGUCGGCUAUGCCCUGGGAUACCUUAGUCUUGAUGAACCUGAGCUCCUCAACCAGCCUGGUUCCGUGACCCGAGGUCAAGCGUUCCAGGUGCCUCCGCUACGACUGGAUUUCACUGCUUACAUCAAGACUGCCUUUGUCACCGUCGAGACCCCUGACGAGGAGGGCCUCACCUACCACACCGCCGCAAGCAAGCUCCUGGACCUAGACCCGCCCAUCCCACCCACCCCGACCCUCCAUGACCGUCCAGCGGUCCGCUCCACGUCCCUCCAUGCAUGCCACCUGACCAGCUUGACCGCCACUCUGACCAACAACACCCAGACCCCCCUAUCCUUCCAGGCCGUCACCCCCCUGCCCUUCCUGCUCCAGCGGGUGGACCCUGUCACCAAGAAGACCAAGAAGGGGACGGUCGUCAAUGUGAGGUCAAAGGUCACGGAGGAAGGCACGCUGUAUUCGCUUCCAACGCAACAUAACAUGCAGAUCAAGCUUGCAUUCCAGCUGGACCUGGGUUUAAUCAUGAACAAUCUAGAGCAGCUUCUUCUCAACGAGAGCAAAGAGGGCGUCCUACUUACAUGCGAGGACAGAGGACGUAAGCUGCACAUCCGCAAAGAUCUUCAGCUCUGCUACACCAAUAGUACCAUCCAGAAACUGCCUCUGUAUGCUGUUAUAGUCCUGCCGUCUAUUGAGCUGACCCCCAUGGCACUGGACUUUGGCGUCUGUCUUGUCGGUCAAGAGAGAAGCUUGGAAGUGACCAUCAGCAACAGGACGGCCUCAGGAUCCUACUGGACAGUCUCAUACGAUUCCAAGAAGACCACGUCAGACAAUGUGUUUGAAGUCUCGCCUCCUGCUGGGUAUCUGGAACCACACGUCACUCACGUCUCCAACAGCAAGACCAUUCUCACUGUCUACUUUACACCACCGCACAAUAUAUCCUACGCCGGUACAUUUGUCUUCAGGGGUCUCCUUGGGGAGGAGACUAGGUACCUACAGGUCAAAGGUCAAGGCUCGUAUGACAGCCGACAGGAAGCCUUGGUCAACCAGUGAUGAUGAUGUUUGCACAUCCUGCCAGCUUGCAGUGGACAUUAAAUAUGAAUUUUAGUUUGGAGCCCAUUUCACAAAGUUCUGCAAUUAGUCAUACAAUUGAUUUCAAUGAUGGAUUGUACAUUGUGGUCAAUGUAACCAUUUGUUCACAUGUGACUUAUGAUCAAUGGUUGUGGCUUGUGAUACAAGGACCUAGUGUGAUAAGUUUGAAUUCUGAAAAUACACUGCCUCAAAAUGACUGGGAAAUGAUUUUGAUAAUGCUCCUUCACUGUUUUUUCUCUGAUUUAUGAAAAUCACCCAAAUAUAAUGACUUGAAGCAAAUCUGUUGGAUGAAAAAAAACAUUUCUACAUAUUAUGUCAUAUUUGAUUCAAAGGAUUAUAUCCCCUCACAGCUUUGAUUUUGCAUGAAUCUACACAGUUAUUUGAUAAUGCUUAAAUAUUUGUUGGUUUUGAAUAAGUAGCUGGCCAGUGAUCACAGACAUUUUUCUUCUCAGAUCGAAAACAAAAAGGGGCUACCACCCCUCCCCUUCCCAUCCACUCAUCAAGCAGUCUGCUUAAUGCCAACUUUACAUUGUUCAGAAUGCAAAAAAAAUAUUUUGUAUAUAUAAAUGACAUUGUAAUUAGCUUAUCUUUGCUGUAAUGCAUAGAAGAUUUGAUUUGUUUCUUUUAUGUAUAUUAUGUAGAGUUUUAUGAGAAUU